AUGACACGGAUGGUAUGGGACGAUGAUUUAGCCAACUGCGACGCCCAGGCGUACGCCAACAGAUGCAUAUGGGCUCACGGCACCGUCGACCUCACCGGCUGCCCUUACGACUUCAGCACACCCCAGUACAGAGGUCAGAAUCUGUGGGCACGGACAGCCUUCUCGGCCCAGAAACCGACCAAUCUGGCGACAAACGUCGUGGACAGUCUUCAUGCAGAGAAUCAAUAUUAUAAUUACGCUUCUAAUACGUGUAACGAUGGGAAAGUGUGUGGACACUAUACACAGCUUGUAUGGGCCAACAGUUAUCGCCUGGGAUGUGGUAUCGCUUACUGCACCACCGGGUCACCAUUUGCGCAGUCCCAAAAUUGGUGGAAUGUCGUCUGUCACUAUUUCCCUGGAGGUAACUACCAGGGCCAGAAACCAUACAAGAGUGGACAAGGCUGCAGUCAGUGUCCUUCAGGAUCUGGGGGGUGUUCCAAUGACGGGAAACUCUGUAUUUCCUCAUACGAAUGUACUAUGAACCCAUCUGCUUGUGGUGGUUAUGGGCAUAUUGCCCCUCGUACUAUGUGGGGGAAAUUGGUGUGUAUCGCCUACGCCGUGUUAGGGAUCCCGCUCACUCUUCUCUUCUUGACAAACAUCGGUGACGUCAUGGCAGAUAUAUUCCGCUAUAUCUACGCCAAAGUCUGCUGCUGCGGUUGUAUUAGAAAGAAGAAUAAAGAUAAGGUACAAGAAAUUCGAACCCCGUCACCAACCAAGGGUUGGAAACUCGACGAAACCGGUAAACCUCUUCCUCCGUCCAGAGAGCCGACCAUCAUAGAUAAUGAUGAUGACGAUGAUGACGAAGAGGAAGAAAAGAUUACCGUGCCCCUUACUGUUACCAUGUUAGUGAUCAUAGGGUGGCUUCUAGGAGGAUCUGUCUUGUAUACCGUGUGGUAUAAAGAUUGGAAGUGGUACUCUUCCUUCUACUUUUGUUUCAUCACCAUGUCCACCAUCGGUUUCGGUGACUAUUAUCCCUCUGUGGAUAACGGCCUUGGAACCGUGGAGGACAUCAUGAUCAUGGUGUCAGCCUGGACCUACACCAUCGUUGGCAUGGCGUUUCUGGCCAUGGGAUUUAACUUGAUGCAGGACGAGAUCGUCGACAAGUUUAAGUGGAUUGGAGAGAAACUUGGUUUUUACAAAAAGGAGGAAGAGGAAGGGGAGGAGGCAGAGGAGUAAAGGCGAUGGAGGAGGAGGAGGAGGAGGAGUAAAUGCGAGAAAGGGAGGAGGAGGUGCAAGGGCGAGAAAAGGAGGAGGAGGAGUAAAGACGAGAGGAGGAAAAAGGUUAAAUUGCACGUUUGAAAUCAAACCAAUAAACAGUGAGCAAUGAUUAUGCCCUGUCAUAAUCCGUCCAUCACUACAUAGACACUUCAUGUUAAUUUUCUGUGAUUUUGUGAUGUCCGUGUAGUUCUAAUAAUUGUUAACUUAUUAAAAGUAUAUUUACAAACGGAAUAAACAGGUUGCCAGGUUAUGUCUCAAUCAAUCGCCAAGGAACGAAGAGAAUUUUCAUAAUUCUUUACACGUCAAUAAUAUACAGUACAUUUAUAUGAAGUCCGCCAGAAAACCGUAAAUAUUUAAAUUUGGUUCUGUAAAUUCCUUAAGGUUAAGCACUGGAUAAUGAUGAAAAUUACUCGGGAUGGAGGAGAUAUGAAAUAGCGUUUAUUCAGCUGUAAUUCAAGGUUUAGUGAAAGCUACUGUUGCUUGAAGUAAAUUCUCAAUAUACCCCUUUUUGCCAUCAGCCGUGUAUUUUAUAUAAAAAACUAUGCACAUAUUUUUUCCUUGUUUUAUGCCCUUGAAGCAUCCGUCCAGUGUCAACUUUGAGGUUCGUUGUGCGUUUUAUCUUAAAACCAUGGUAAUAAUACAAAGUGUUUACGAUAAUAUCACGUCCAUGAAUUAAUUAAAAAUUCAAUAUUCAGACCAAAUGUGGACUGUACAUUAGAUUGUUCGCUGUGCCUGUUUUGUUUACUCCGCCCAUGGAUACACCUUUAUACUGGAAGACAAUGUUCUGUUUAAGAAGAAUCUCAACCCGAAGCAUUGUCAACAAUCAUUCUCAUAGUAUGUUUGAAAAAUUGACUGUUUUUGCUGAA